UGUAGGCGUUGUGGAGCUAGCCAACGAGACCUCGACGUUGGCGCGGAUGUUGUGCUUGGAGCUCAUGCUAAUGCUAACUAAGCGCGUUCGGUAUUUCACUCGCACUGGAGGCCUCCUUUCUGCGUCUAUUUUUUUUUUAUUCUCACGUAUCUAAACGUGACAUUCUGAGUUCCAACCUGAAUUGAGGACCUGAGCGAGUCUAACACAUAUCUAAUUGGCAUGUUAACUGCUCCUUUUUUAGCACGCGCUAACUAGCGGCUGCACCACUAAACAAGAUUAUGCUUUCUUAGUUGCUUCGUACAAACCAUCUUAAAUAGUUCAGCAAAAACAAACUACUCUUCUAAUAAUGUCAAGAAAUGCACUCGUGAUUUUGUCCUAGGGAUGAGAACAUGCUCGCGUGACGUGUUGUUGAUGUUUUCCGCAUUGCGACAUCAACAUCGCGUGCCGCUUCUCUUAUUUUUGCCGUGACCGUCAACUCACCCCCGAUUUUUACUUUUCCGUGAAUCGUGCGAGAACUGCGGGUGCAAAUUCUGCGUCGGGGCAGCAGUUAUGUCGGACUUCAUCGAGAGUGAGGCCGAGGAAUCCGAGGAGGAGUUUGAAGAGAAAGAGUUAAAGCCCAAGAAGACACAGAGGUUCAUGGAGGAUGAUGACGAGGAGGAUGAAGACAACACUGAGGACCAGGACGAGCGAGGCAACUUGCGUGGGCUCAUCGAUGAUGGCGAUGAAGAGGAGGACACGGGAGGUCAAAAGAGUGCAAGUGGAGGUGAUAGCGACUCGGAGGAGGAAGUCCGGCAUCGCCGCAAGAAGCGAAAUUACAACGACCUGGACGAGGACGAUCUGGACCUCAUUGAGGAAAACUUGGGUGUGAAAGUCAAGAGGAGGAAGAAGAAAUACGACCGUGUAAAAACGCUGGAUGAUGACGAUGACGACGACGAUGAGAAGGACCUGAUCGCCGACGAGAUCUUUCACGGCGAUGGAGACGGCGAGCCGGAGGAGGGCGAGGCCGUCCACGAGCCUCUCCAGCAGACAGGCGAUGACGAGGAAGGAGAAGACGAGGAGUCGGAUAUUGACGACUUUAUCGUGGAUGAUGAUGGACAGCCGAUCACCAAAAAACGGGGCAAGAAAUUUUCCGGCUACACUGACGCUGCCCUGCAGGAGGCGCAGGAGAUCUUCGGCGGCGACUUUGACUUUGCUGAAUUUGACGUCGACGCGUAUGACCAGGGUGAGGAGGAGGAGGAGGACCAGGAUGAAGAGGGCUGGGACCGGCCCAAGAAGCAGACCAAGAGGCGGCAGGGCCGAAAGAGCAUCUUUGAGCUCUACGAGCCCAGUGAGCUGGAGAGCAGUCACAUGACCGACCAGGACAACGAGAUCCGCACCACCGACAUGCCCGAGAGGUUCCAGCUGCGAUCGAUCGCCGUCAAACCGGCUGAGGACGAGGAGCUGGAGGAGGAAGCGGAGUGGAUCUUCAGACACGGCUUCUCCACGCUCACCAUUUCCAUUCAGGAGAGCGGCGAUUAUUUGGAGCGCGGGACGUCCACCAACUUCAGCCGCCAAGGCCCCAGUACCAUCGCCAAAAUCAAAGAAGCGCUCAACUUCAUGAGGAAUCAACAAUUUGAGGUUCCAUUUAUUGCAUUCUACAGAAAAGAGUAUGUGGAACCAGAGCUGAACAUCAAUGACCUGUGGAAGGUGUGGCAGUGGGAUGAAAAGUGGACUCAGCUGAAGACCCGCAAGCAGAACCUUACGCGACUCUUUCAAAAGAUGCAGUCCUACCAGUUUGAGCAGAUCUCUGCCGACCCCGAUAAACCUUUGGCUGACGGGAUACGCCCGCUGGACACGGCCGACAUGGAGAGGCUGAAGGACGUCCAGACGCUGGAAGAGCUCGGCGACGUGUACAACCACUUCCUGCUCUACUACGGCCGAGAUAUUCCCAAGAUGCAGAACGCCGCCAAGGCCAGCAAGAAGAGGCUCCGCAAGAUUAAUCAAGUCACAGAAGACGGUGAGGAGGAGGAAGUGGAGGUAGAAGAAGAGGAGGAGCAGAAGGGUCCAGAUCUCAAGCUGGCGUCUCGCCGGGACAUGUACAGCAUCUGCCAAAGCGUGGGCCUCGACGGCCUGGCCAAAAAGUUCGGCCUGACGCCUGAGCAGUUUGGCGAGAAUCUGCGAGACAGCUACCAGCGGCACGAGACGGAGCAGUUCCCCGCCGAGCCCAUGGAGCUGGCUAAAGACUACGUGUGCAGCCAGUUCCCCGGCCCGGAGGCCGUCCUGGAGGGCACCCGCUACAUGGUGGCCAUGCAGAUUGCCCGCGAGCCUUUGGUCCGACACGUGCUGCGCCAGACCUUCCAAGAGAGAGCCAAGAUCAACAUCAAGCCCACCAAGAAGGGCAAAAAGGAUGUGGACGAGGCCCACUUUGCCUACUCCUUCAAGUACCUGAAGAACAAGGCGGUGAAGGAGCUCAGCGGGGAUCAGUUCCUGAAAAUGUGCUUGGCUGAGAACGAGGGCCUGCUCUCCAUUGACAUCUGCAUCGACCUCGUUGGAGUCAAAGGGUACGCGGGCGACCAGACCUACUUUGACGAGAUCAAGCAGUUCUACUACCGAGACGAGUUCAGCCAUCAGGUGCAGGAGUGGAACCGUCAGCGCACCUUGGCCAUCGAGAGAGCCCUCAACCAGUUCCUCUACCCUCAGAUGGCCAAAGAGCUUAAGAGCAAGCUCAUCGCUGAAGCCAAAGAGAGCAUCGUACGGUCGUGCUGCCGUCGACUGUACAACUGGUUGAAGGUGUCUCCUUACAGGCCAGACCAGCAGUUGGAGGAAGAUGACGACCUGAUGGACGAGAGUCAGGGCAAAGGCAUCAGGGUGCUGGGAGUGGCCUACGCACCCAGCAGAGACACGCCCGUCUUCUGCGCGCUGAUCAAUGGGGAAGGCGAGGUGGCGGACUUUCUGCGCCUGCCCUACUUCAUGAAGAGGAGGAACGCCUUCAGGGAGGACGAGCGAGAGAAGAAGGCCAACGACAUUGAGAACCUCAAGAGGUUUUUGUCCAGCAAGAAGCCUCACGUGGUCGCCGUGGCUGGUGAAAACCGGGACGCUCAGAUGAUCAUAGAGGACAUCAAGAGGACCAUCAGCGAGCUGGAGCAGGAGUCGUCGCUGCCCUCCGUCGGCGUGGAGCUGGUCGACAACGAGCUGGGCACGCUCUACAUGAACAGCAAAAAGUCCGAGACGGACUUUCGGGAUUACCCACCAUUGCUGCGCCAGGCCGUGUCCAUUGCCAGGAAGAUUCAAGAUCCUCUGGUGGAGUACGCACAGGUCUGCAGCUCUGACGAAGACAUCAUCUGCCUCAAGUUGCAUCCCCUGCAGGAACACGUGGUAAAGGAGGACCUGCUCUCUGCCCUCUAUUGCGAGUUCAUCAAUCGGGUCAACGAGGUGGGCGUGGAUGUGAACCGGGCUAUCGCUCACCCUCACACUCAGAGUUUGGUCCAGUACGUGUGCGGUCUUGGCCCGAGGAAGGGCUCGCACUUGAUCAAGAUUCUGAAGCAGAACAACACGCGUCUGGAGAACAGAACCCAGCUGGUCACAAUGUGUCACAUGGGGCCAAAGGUCUUCAUCAACUGUGCAGGUUUCAUCAAGAUCGACACGGCGUCGCUCGGAGACAGCACCGACUCCUACAUCGAGGUCCUGGAUGGCUCUCGCGUCCACCCCGAGACGUACGAGUGGGCUCGCAAGAUGGCCGUGGAUGCGCUAGAGUACGACGAGUCCGCCGAGGACGCCAACCCGGCCGGCGCCCUGGAAGAGAUCUUGGAGAACCCCGAAAGGCUCAAAGAUCUCGACCUGGACGCCUUUGCCGAGGAGCUGGAGAGACAGGGUUACGGCAACAAGGGCAUCACGCUGUAUGACAUCAGAGCUGAGCUGAGCUGCCGGUACAAAGACCUGCGGGUCCCCUACAGAGUCCCCAACACGGAGGAAGUCUUCAACCUGCUCACCAAGGAGACGCCAGAGACCUUCUACAUUGGUAAGCUGAUCACCAGCGUGGUGACCGGCAUCGCUCACCGGCGCCCCCAGGGGGAGAGCUAUGAUCAGGCCAUCCGUAAUGACGCCACCGGCCUGUGGCAGUGUCCCUUCUGCCAGCAAGACAACUUCCCCGAGCUCAGCGAGGUGUGGAACCACUUCGAUAGCGGCUCCUGUCCCGGGCAGGCCAUCGGGGUGCGGUCUAGACUGGACAACGGCGUGCAGGGAUUCAUUCCCACCAAGUUCCUGAGCGACAAAGUGGUGAAACACCCCGAGGAGAGAGUGAAGGUGGGCAUGACGGUUCACUGUCGCAUCAUGAAGAUCGACAUCGAGAAGUUCAGCGUGGACCUCACGUGCCGCACCUCCGACCUCUCGGACAAGGCCAACGAGUGGAAGCUUCCCAAAGACACCUACUACGACUUUGACGCCGAAUCUGAAGAUCUCAAGCUGGAGGAGGAGCUGAAGAAGAAACAGCAGCGCACGCCGUACAUCAAGCGUGUCAUCGCUCACCCCAACUUUCACAACAUCAGCUUCAACCAGGCCGAGAAGAUGAUGGAGUCCCUGGACCAGGGAGACCUGAUCAUCAGGCCCAGCAGCAAGGGAGAGAACCACCUCACUGUCACCUGGAAGGUGGCUGACGGCAUCUACCAGCACGUGGAUGUGAGGGAGGAAGGCAAAGAGAACGCCUUCAGCUUAGGACACACGCUCUGGAUCAAUAGUGAGGAAUUUGAAGACCUGGAUGAAAUCACAGCACGCUUCAUUCAACCCAUGGCAUCGUUCGCUCGGGACCUGCUGAGCCACAAAUACUUUCAAGAUUGUAACGGCGGGAGCAAGGAGAAAAUGGAGGAGCUGCUGGUCAGGACCAAAAGAGAGAAGCCCACCUUCAUUCCGUAUUUUGUGUCUGCGUGUAAAGCUUUGCCGGGAAAGUUCCUGCUGGGCUACCAACCUCGAGGAAAGCCACGGGUGGAGUACGUGACCAUCACCCCGGAUGGGUUCAGGUACCGCUCGCAGAUCUUUCCCUCAGUCAACGGCUUGUUCCGCUGGUUCAAGGACCACUACCAGGAGCCUGUACCAGGCAUCACACCCACCAACAGCAACAGCAGCCGCACACGCACGCCAGCCUCCCUCAACGCCACGCCGGCCAACAUCAACAUUGCCGACCUGACGCGAGCCGUGAACUCGCUCCCGCGAAACAUGACCUCGCAGAUGUUCAAUGCCAUCGCCGCCGUCACCGGCCAGGGCCAGAACCAGAACCCCAACUCCACACCGGCCCAGUGGGGAUCCAGCCAAUACGGAUACGGAGGCAGCACUGGAGGAGGCGGCAGCUCCUCGGCUUAUCACGUGUUUGCCACGCCCCAGCAGCCAAUAGCCACACCCUUGAUGACACCAAGCUACUCAUUCACUACGCCCAGCCAGCAGAACAUGGGCACGCCACAGUACCCGGGCUCCACCCCUCAGCACCACAACCACCACAGCGGCCACCACGGUCACGGGUCGGGCACGCCGGGCUCAACCGUGUCGUCGUCACGGGGCCGGACUCCUCAGCAGCAGCAGCCAAAGCCAAGCAGCAGCGGAAGCGGCGGCGGCUCCACGGCCGCAGUGGACUGGGGCAAGAUGGCCGAACAGUGGCUGAAAGAGAAAGAGGCCGAAGGUCGGAAGAAGACUCAGAGAAUGACCCCGCGACCUUCGCCCAGCCCCAUGAUCGAGAGCACCCCCAUGUCCAUCGCCGGGGACGCCACGCCCCUGCUGGACGAGAUGGACCGGUAGGGCGCCCGGACGGGCGUUGGCGUUACCAUGUGACCCCGCUUCCCCCCAUCCGCUACCGUGAGUCGUCGUUUUGCGCCACGACGGCACGCCCACACAGUGUUCUCUGCGUGUACAAAAUGGACCUGCUGUCAGGCGGGCUGCCCCGUUGGUUUGCCCCGUUGGUUUGCCCCGCUUUUAGUUAGGGAUGAGGGGGCAGGGCCCACCACGGCCAGAAAACAUCUGCGCUCGUGAUAGACGGCUCUCGGCCACACCCACCGGGCGAGCGACCCUCUGUAUAGAACAAAUAAAGACAACUGGGGUUUUUUUUUUU